AUGACCGUCCCAACCACCUGCUGCGGCCGCUCUGGCCAAGCUUGCGCCUGCGCUGCCCAAGCCAAAUGCUCCUGCGGCAAGCAAUCCGCACUCAGCUGCACCUGCGAGAAAGCCAAGACCGAGAACACAGUCACCGGUGCGCGAUGCUCGUGCCGCGCCCGUCCCGCCGGCGCGUGCACGUGCGAUCGUGCCGCUGCGGAGAACGCCAAGCCCGCCGGGUCAACCUGUGCCUGCGGGGCCCGUCCUGCCGAUGCUUGUAGCUGCGAGAAAGCCUCCGACGGCGGUGUCCUUCCGACCGAGACCGAUUUCACCACCAAGGCCGCUGGUGCUUAG